AUAAAUUUUGAUAUCUUUCAGCGUGAGUGUAUUUCUAUCCAUGUUGGUCAAGCUGGUGUCCAGAUGGGCAAUGCCUUUUGGGAAUUGUACUGUUUAGAACAUGGUAUUCAACCUGAUGGCCAGAUGCCCUUUGAUAAAACAAUUGGAGGUGGAGAUGAUUCUUUCAACACUUUCUUUAGUGAGACUGGGGCUGGUAAACAUGUUCCAAGGGCUGUAUUUGUAGAUUUGGAGCCGACUGUUGUU